UGAGGGUCUCGUGAGGCGGCUUCUUUCUCCCGAUGCCGUCGCGAUGCUCCGCUCCAAGGGCUUCUUCCGCGGCGUCGAGUGCCCCUUCGGGCCGGCCUGUGGGAGGCCCUACUGCCACUUCCGGCACCCCCCAGGGGCCACCGACGCAGCCCUCCCCGCCCGGCGCCCCAGCGGCCAGGCCGGCCCCAGCGGGCGCCCCUCAGCCUCAGAGUCUUCCUUGGCGGUCUCUCUUCUGUAUUCCGACCCUGCUGAAAUCCCAAAAUCUGCUGAGAUCGGUUUAUACCGUACCGACUUCCUUCCCGGAGCCAAAUUACAGAGCAUAAAAACUAUGCAAUUGGACAGCACAAGACAACCAAUGAACUGUGCGGUCGGGACCAGAGCAGUCACGGCUGGGCACUGUGACAUCCUUACGGGCAGGGGCGCCAGGAGGGCGCCAGGAGGGAUGUUGGAAAGAGGCCGUGGGGGGAGCAUGAACAAGUACCUUCGUUGCUUGCUAACUCGGGAGAGCACAGAGUGUGGCUAUGACCCCUACAACCCCGAACUCCCCAACCCCUCGGGCCAAAGCAGAAACGGGAGCUUGGAGGAUGUCACCGACCCGGCCCCGAGUAUUCUGGAACUGGAGCUGGUCAACCAGGCGAUCGAAGCUGUCAGAAACGAAGUUGAGCGCGAGCAGAAGAAGUACGAGGAACUUCUGGAGACCACUAAGGAGUAUGCCACGUCCGAGCCUCCGUCGCUGGUCUCCGGUGCCACCGGGCCAGCUUCCGUGACCAAAGCCAACUCCUUUACUUCCUUGGAAUACAACCCGGGUAGCUACAGCGCAAGCAGCACUGACUACAACCCCACCCCUCUCGCUGCGGCCUCCACGAGCCGAUCGAGCAAGUACACCUUGGAUUUUCCUGGCAGUGCCAAAUCGAAGGGCAGCUCGCUGGAGUACGUCCCCACGGUGGUCACCCAGCCGAAGAAAUACAGCCAUUCCUUUGCGAACAGCAAGUACAUAAUAGACAAAUCCAAGCCUUCGACGGACUUGGAGUACGACCCUCUUUCCAAUUACUCUGCGCGGCUUUUGGGCAAAGCCAGCGCCAAGGAACCGAAGGGGACCAAAAGGAACAGAGCCGUCGACCACGGAGAUGCGUAUUCUCCGCUGCUCAAGAAGCACUGCGACGCGGCUGCCAGCCCAUCGCCCGUCGCAAAGUUCUCAGACUCGGAAGAUGAUCAAGAUUUGGGAGGUGAAGCGGCUCCGGCAGGCCGUUCGAAACCCAAAGGCAGCUCGGACAGCAAGGGGAGCGACCUGCCGGUCACCGAAGCAAAGGGGAUCCAACAGGACGAAUUGCGCUCCCGGCAGAUGAAGGAGACGGCAGUGCAGUACGACAUGGAAGAUAUCGAAAGCGCUCAGGGGACCAUUGUUGGAGACGCUCUGCAGAAGGAGGCAAAGUUAGCCAAGGUCCUUUCCAACAGGAACGAGAAAGGGAAAGGGAAAAACAAAGAGGUAACAAAAGACAAAGUGAAAGAGAAAAACGCAGAGGGGAAGAAGGCUGAAGGCAGAGCUGCAGACAAGGAGAAGACCGGCACAAAAGAGCACAGGAGGAACGGGGAGAGAAGCGAGAAGAAACGUGACAAGCCCCACACUGGCGGAUCUUUAAAAACCCCCGACAAGCUGAAAACUGGGAAAGGGACGUGCGGGAAGCAAGAGAUCUCUGGGAAGAACAAAAAAGAGGGCCACAGUAAAGCAUCUAGCAGCGAGAAAGUGAAAAGCCCCAAGAAAGACUCCAAGCUAAGACCCGUCAACGCAGCAGGCAAGAAAGAGGCACGCGAGGCCAAGCGGAAAGACGGAAAGGCCAAGCCGCUAACCUCGGAGCCACCAAAGGCAAAGCCAGCUGACUCCCAGAGGAAGGGCAGCGCCAAGGGGGAGUGCCGGGCAAAGCAACGGACGCUGAGCCAUGCCGACCUCUUUGGUGAUGAGAGCGGGGACGAGGGGCCCUUGGCUCAGCCCCCUCCGGUGGUGUUCCCCAGCGUCAGUUCAGACUCGGACGGAGACGACGGUGGCUCGCCCUUGCCCUGUUACAACGGGGUGCCGAGCCUGAAACGUCCCAAGCUGUCCAAAGAGCCUCCGCCUUCCCCCUCCUCCUCUUCUUCUGAUGAUGUGGCUUACUCAGUCCUCGAGAAGGACCUGGAUUUCGAGUCAGACCCAAUGGAGGAGUGCCUCCGGAUUUUUAACGAAUCCACAGACGUAAAGACGGAAGACAAAGGCCGGCUGGGGAAACAGCCAUCCAGAGAGGAAGAGACUGAAGAAAAAGUUGGGGAGGACGGCUUAACCACCCUCUUUCCUGGUCAGAAGAGGAGGAUCUCCCACGUUACCAAACAAGGAAGCGCGGAAGUCCCAAGCAAGCCGGCGGUCCGGCCUUACCGCCCACCCACCGCCCAAGAGGUCUGCUACCAGAGGAUCCGCCUGGCUCAACAGCAGGCGGCGCAGCUGGCCCUGCACUCAACUGUGCUGGCGGCUGCGGCGCCUCCGAGGAGCUCCCCCGCGCUGCACAAAGGAGAGAAGAAGCGGAUCGCUCACGUGCCCAGCAGCGCAGCUCUGCCUGUGGCCACCUCCUGCACCCCCGGAGGUCCUCAGAGAGCAGUUCCACCCAGGAGCAUGGCUUCUUCCAACGGCACCGACGCGUUGUCCUUGAAGGCGCGUACACUGGCCGGGAUGGCCUCCAAGACGACCAACACGAAUGUCCCUAAGAGGAUAGCGCACGCCCCCUCACUGCAGAGUGCCACCUUAAAGCGGCCGGUCAUCCCAACGGAGUUUGGGGCCAAGGUUCCCACCAACAUUCGCCAGAGGUACCUCCACCUUUUCAUCGACGAGUGUUUGAAGAUCUGCUCUUCGCAACAGGAAGCCUUCGACAAGGCUCUGUCUGAAGAGAAGGUGGCUUACAAGCGCAGCACCAGCCGGAACAUAUACCUGAACGUGGCGGUGAACACCCUGAAGAAACUUCGUAGCCUGCUGCCCGGCCCUUCCCAGGGUGCAAACAAGCCCAGCAACAGGAAGAUGGUGUCCCACGAAGCCAUGCUGGGAGGCAAACUGGCCACCAAAAUCAGCUUCUCGCUCAACCGAUCCACCAGCUUGCAGGCGGAGGACCUGACAGGAGCUGCCUUGUACCGAAGGCUCAAGGAAUACUUGAUGACUGAAGAGCAGCUGAAAGAGAACAGCUACCCAAUGCCGUGCCCCGAGAAGCCCGGCCGGGCCAUCGUAUUCACGGUGGAAGAGAAGAAAACGGCCGACAGUUCAUGCAGAGUUUGCUGCCGCUGCGGGACGGAGUACAUGGUGACGCCGGCUGGGAACUGCGUCCGGAAGGAGGAGUGCGUGCACCACUGGGGGAGGCUGCGCAAGCAGAGGGUGCCCGGUGGAUGGGAGACGCACUACAGCUGCUGCUCGGGUGUGGUGGGUUCGCCAGGCUGCCAGGUGGCAAAACAACAUGUCCACGACGGCCGGAAGGAGAACCUGACGGGCUUUGUGAAGACCUUUGAGAAGCUGCCCAACGCGGAGGGCUAUCCGGGCAUCUACGCCUUGGACUGUGAAAUGUGUUUCACCAAGCAAGGCCUGGAGCCUCCCGGGGUCACCGUGAUCAACUCAGAGCUGAAAGUUGUCUACGACACUUUCGUCAAGCCGGACCGCAAAGUGGUGGACUACAACACAAGAUUCUCAGGUGUGACGGAGGCGGAUCUGGAGAACACGACGAUAACGCUGCGAGAUGUCCAGGCGGUGCUUUUGAACAUGUUCAGUGCGGACACCAUCCUCAUAGGGCACAGCUUGGAGAGCGACUUGUUUGCACUAAAGCUCCUCCACAGCACGGUGGUGGACACAGCGGUCGUCUUUCCCCAUCGGCUGGGCUUGCCUUACAAGCGGGCGCUGCGCACCUUAAUGGCCGACCACCUGAAGCGCAUCAUUCAGGACAGUGUGGAAGGUCACGACUCCAGCGAGGACGCCGGAGCCUGCAUGGAGCUGAUGAUCUGGAAAAUCAAAGAGGAUGCGAAAGUGAAGCGAUGACCUUGCCCCCCCUCCCCUUCUCCCCC